GGGAGGGAGGGAGGCAGAGAGAGCGCGAGAGCGAGAGAGAGAGAGAGAGAGAGAGAGAGAGCCCGGGGAUAAAGCACGGAGAAAGCCUGGAUCGGUUCCGCUGUGCGCGUGCAGAUGUGUACCGUAUACACGGCAACGGCGCGUGAACUUGAGGAGUUUUAUUUGGUUCAAGACGCACCGGACAUCUCCUCCGGAGAGGACUGAAGGGGGACUCACCUGGUUGCUACGGAGACAGUUUGAAUAUUUUAAUCGGUUACCAAGCAUCGCCAUGCCGUCCAACACUACCACACUGCCACCAUCAGAGGACCCCACUACACACAUGAGUGAAGACAGAGCGGUCCAUGUGGGCCCAGAGGAGGGGAGUUUAGCCAGUCCACCCAACAGACAUCACAACCACACUCUUUCUGACUCGUGUGAGAUGGCCCCCCCUACACCCCCAGAGGAAGUUGACCCCUCCCCUCGCAGGAAACGUGGCCGGCGGAAAAUGGAGCCUCUGGAGCCGAAGGACCCCAACAUGGAGGGGGAAGGCAGCAGGCUGCGCAGAAGGCCGGUUCCCAGAGAGACCUUUCAGGCUGGAGAUCCUUUUUACAUCAGCAGGAGACAGAGAGACAAGUGGAUCAAACGCUGGAGUAGAGAGGCUGAGAUGCGGGCCCACCAAGAGGCUGUGAUGAGCGUGAUGGAGGACCUAUCAGAGCCAGAGUUUCAGAAGGAGGAGGAGCCAGCAGCCAGUUUAGCCACUCCCACACCCCAGCAACACACUGACCCCGCCUCUCCCACCAUCGCCAUGACGCCAGAGCCUGUUGCCAGGGGCCACCGGUCCACACCCAGAGAUUCAGAGUACAAGGAUGGUAGGGGGUUUGGUUUGGGCUGUCUGGUGUUCGGGAAGCUGCGUGGGUUCUCCUGGUGGCCCGGGCGCAUCGUCUCCUGGGUGAUGAGUGGGAGGAGCCGUGCAGCAGAGGGAACACGCUGGGUCAUGUGGUUCGGAGACGGGAAGUUCUCUGUGGUGUGUGUAGAGAAGUUGAUGCCGCUGAGCUCCUUCUCCUCAGCCUUCCACCAGCCCACCUACAACAAACAGCCCAUGUACAGGAGGGCUAUAUAUGAGGCACUACAGGUGGCGAGCAAGCGUGCCGGCAGGCCUAUCCCCUCUUGUGAUGGUGGUGAUGAUGCAGAGGGUGGGGGGGCGGAGCUGCAGAAGCAGAACAGGAAGUUGAUAGAAUGGGCCAUGACAGGCUUCCUGCCCAGCGGACCUCAGAGUCUGGACCCCCCUGAUGAGGAGAGACACCCAUAUAAGGACGUGUACCCUGAGAUGUGGGUGGAGCCAGAGGAAGCUUACACCCCGCCCCCUCCGACCAAGAGGCCCCGCAAGAACAUUGCUGAGAAACCCAAGAUCAGAGAGGUCAUCGAUGAGGGGACUAGAGAGAGACUCAUCCAAGAGAUCAGACAGAAGACCAGGAACAUGGAAGAUAUCUGUAUCUCCUGUGGUAGCCUCAACGUCUCUCUGGAACACCCUCUCUUCAUCGGAGCCAUGUGUCAGAGCUGCAAGAACUGUUUUCUGGAGUGUGCGUACCAAUACGAUGAUGAUGGAUACCAGUCGUACUGCACUAUCUGCUGUGGAGGACGGGAGGUCUUGAUGUGUGGAAACAACAACUGCUGCAGGUGUUUCUGUGUGGAGUGUGUGGAUCUUUUGGUGGGUUUGGGUUCGGCGUCAGCUGCGAUCAGAGAGGACCCCUGGAACUGCUACAUGUGUGAAACACACAACACACACGGGUUACUACGACGACGCGACGACUGGCCGUCACGACUACAGGUGUUCUUCGCUAACAACCAUGAACAGGAGUUUGAGGCAGCCAGGUUGUACCCUCCUGUAGCAGCUGAGAGGAGACAGCCAAUCAGAGUCCUCUCUCUGUUCGACGGUAUCGCCACAGGUCUGUUGGUGCUCAGGGACCUAGGUAUUCAGGUGGACAGGUACGUGGCUUCAGAGGUGUGUGAGGAUUCUAUCACCGUGGGGAUUGUACGUCACCAUGGUUCCAUCAUGUAUGUUGGAGACGUACGCAACGUCACACGCAAACACAUCCAGGACUGGGGUCCGUUUGACCUGGUGAUUGGAGGAAGUCCCUGUAAUGAUCUGUCCAUCGUCAACCCCGCCAGGAAGGGACUCUUCGAGGGUACUGGACGGCUGUUCUUUGAGUUUUACCGGCUGCUCCACGAGGCCCGUCCCAAACCAGACGACCACCGACCGUUCUUCUGGCUCUUUGAGAACGUCGUUGCCAUGGGGAUCAGCGACAAGAGAGACAUCUCACGAUUCCUCGAGUGUAACCCAGUGAUGAUCGAUGCCAAAGAAGUGUCUGCUGCUCACCGCGCCAGAUACUUUUGGGGAAACCUUCCGGGCAUGGGGCGUCCUCUCACAGCCAUGGUGAAUGAUAGAUUGGAACUACAAGACUGUCUGGAGCACGGACGCACAGCCAAGUUUGGGAAGGUGCGUACGAUAACAACGCGUUCGAACUCAGUGAAGCAGGGGAAGGAUCAACACUUCCCUGUUUACAUGGACAACAAGGAGGACAUACUCUGGUGUACUGAGAUGGAGAGGGUUUUUGGGUUCCCGGUCCACUACACAGAUGUGUCCAACAUGAGUCGUCUCUCCAGACAGCGUCUGUUGGGGCGGUCCUGGAGCGUUCCAGUCAUACGACACCUCUUCGCCCCGCUCAAAGAGUACUUCGCCUGCAACUAAUACACACACACAUACACACACACACACACACACACACACACACACACACACACACACAACUGAAAGAGUUCUCAGCUUGGAGCCCCGCCCACGACCCACAGGCCGAUGCCCAACCAGAAAGGUUCCAGCCCCACCCCGGUGUUAACCAAUCACAAGCCAGGAUACGCCCCAACCCCGGUGCUAACCAAUCACAAACCAGGGAACACCCCCACCCCGGUGCUAACCAAUCAUAAACCUGUUAUCCAGCUACUAAACAACCCUCUGACAACAUGGACUGUCUCUCUUCCAGUCUCUCUGUCACACACACCUCAGAUUCCAUGGUGCUAGUUGACAAAGGUGCUUCAACACUCAGUGGUGGUUCAUGUCCUCUACAUCUCCCUCCUGUACUGUUAAUGAAAUCUAUGGUGCUACACACACGCGCACACACACACACACACACACACGCGCACACACACACACAGACACACGCACGCACGCACGCACACAGACACACACACACACACACACACACACACACACAGACACGCACACGCACGCGCACAGACACACACACACAGAGGUCACUACCAGGUCUUUGUUCAGUAGUUUCAUUAGUUUGCAGUGUUUCUUUCUCUUCAGGUAGCAGCUUGUUUUCUACUGUCUCUAAGUGCAGCGUAGCAGAGGGGAAAGAGGUCAGCGUUCUACGGUUAAGCGUUGUGGAGGUAGUUCAGCAUGAUGAGUAACGUGCCUGAGACCUGAGGACUCAGGUUAGCGCCCAGAGAGAGCCUAGUCUUUAGUUCAGUGGGCUAACAUGGUCUCGUGGCGCACAGACAAUCCAGGUUUACACAGCAGUCAGUCACACUAGUGAGUUACACAGUUUGCUGCACACGGCCACACACGCACACACACACACACACACACACACACACACACACACACACACACACACACACACACACGUUGUGAUGAGCUGUUUUCCAACCCUGUGCUCCGUCACGGUCAAACACAGCUGUCUCCUCUGGUGCAGUGGAGCGUUGUGCUCACUUACGGUAAUAUGGUUACUAUGGGUUACCAUCAAUUACUAUCUGUCAGUAUAGUGAGUGGUCUGUUGUACUGUAGGGGGAGGGGCUUGGGGUGUUUAUUUGUUGUUUGAUGUGAUUUACUGGUGGUUAUUUGAUUGACAGGUGAUAAGUCAACGAGGGAAUCACCCGUUGAUAGUUUUAACAAGGUGGAGACGUAGCAGGCUGUCGCACACAGACGCUCCUCUCACCAGUAUAAUGAAACGUGUUUUGAAGAGGAAGGACCGGUGAUGUUUCAAAAGGUGCUAAAAUAAAAAAUAUGACAAAUGUAGAUUAUAUAGGAUCUAUAGUUAGAAUAAGGUUGUCUUUCCAAUGGCUGUAUUUAGUUGUGGUAGAGAGUCAAAGGCAAUAUUAUGUACCCUUGUAUCUUGUAUGCAGAAUAACUAAAGCAGAAUAACUAAAGGCAUUUUAACUUUGUACUUGAACCUGUAAUGAAUAAAGGAUUCAUGUUUUAGCCUAGAGAUAAUAUCUGGCACACUGA